AUGCAGAAGCUAAAGGAACUCCAGGAAGAAGCUCAAAGCCCCGGCCUCAAAAUAAAUGCUGCUAAAACUCAAGAGAUGCGAAUGAAUAGAAGUCAGGAAAAUUUUUUUAUAGAAGAUGAAAUAAUUGAAAGCGCUACCGAAUUCUGUUACCUCAGGAGUAUGGUGAGCCAGGAUGGAGGGGCUGAUGAAGAUGUUGAGAACCAUAUAAGGAAAGUCCAAAAAGCAUUUUCACAGCUUUGCAUCUUCAAGACAAAUGUUAUUCUAGAUCGGAACCCCCAAGGCCAGCGAAGACGUGGACGGCCUAGAGAAACGUGCAGGACUUUAGAGAAGGAAAUGCGCAGCACCAGACAAACCUGGUCUGGAGUCAAGAAGCUAACUAAAGAUCAAAAUAUUCCUGACGGCCCUAUGUUGCACCUAAGGGAUUCUAAGAACUAA